GUAGGAUGUAAGUCAGCUGUUGUGCCGGAACGCCCUUGAGAACAAUGUCAAAUCCCUGCUUGAUCUCACCUCUUUGAGAAACCCACAUAGUGCAUUUCAGAGCAGGAAUCUGUGCAAAGUGGCUGUGAUUGAGCCGUCGCACCAACGGGAAGAAAGUUGGACGGAUGGAACGCACCGAGAUGCUGUGACCGAAGCAACGAUGACUCACACGUCUGUCAUCUCUGCUGUUCAUUCCUCAUCUUGUCAUACAUGUCCGAGACGUGAUGUCCGGGCUGAAUCUCCUCUCUCUUGUGGAAUUCACACACUUUUUAGCAAAAUCCUCUCAGCUGCUACAUCCAUCCUUUUCCUCCCCAACACAAACACACACAUGCAUACAUGCACAUUUGCCAGCUUCACCAUAGACUUUGGAAUUCACUGUUGCCAUGGCAAUGGAGGAGAGCACGCUCUCUCACAUCGCCUGUUCUUUUCGUUUUGCUUUCUCUCUCUCUCUCUCUCUGUGGAGGCAAACCAGCUUUUCUUCUUUGACAGAGGAGUCGUUUUUUGCCGCUGGCGUCAGGUCUUUUUGGAUUUCCUCUCUUAUCUGCUCUCCACAUCAAACACCCACCUUUCCCCACCACCUCCCUCUUGCCUCUUCCAGCAGCUAAGAUGACUGCCGUGACAAUUCAAUGAGAGGAGAGGACACUAAGUGAAGUAACCACCACUUGCUGAGAACAAACCAAGGAGUGCCCAACAUUCAAAAUAAAUAGAAAAACAGCAAAAGGAAGAAAGAAGUGUGACGAGCUCUGAGGAGAGGAAGUGGCAGAGGAGCAGAGGCGAGAAAGCAGGAGGAUAAACGGUGGAUGGAGGCGGCUCGGACCGGGGCUACAGAGCGCUCUUCACUGACGAGGAAGAAGAAGAAGAACAGCAGCCGCAGGGGGGAGAGGAGAUGGAGACGAAGGGGAGAAACAUGCCUGCAGACAUGAGUUUCCUUCCACGCCCGGCCAUGGUUUGGUGGGAACGAGGCAUCCAGGUGUUGCUGACCACCAUGGGGGCGUUCGCUGCUUUUGCCCUCAUGACGGUGGCCAUCGGGACAGAUUACUGGCUCUACGCCCGCGCUUUCAUCUGCAACAGCACGGCCAACUCGUCCCAGGACGACUCCAACAACAAGGACAAGAAAGACCCCGGAGCUCUAACCCACUCCGGCCUCUGGAGGAUUUGCUGCCUGGAAGGCUUGAAGCGAGGUGUGUGCUCCCAGAUCAAUCAUUUCCCAGAGGACGCAGACUAUGACCAAGAUGCUGCCGAGUAUCUGCUGCGCCUGAGCAACAUCAUCGGGGUGAUCGUCUACAUCUCUGCAGCUCUCAGUGAUAUCUCCCCAAAGAAAGACGAGGAUAAAAAGUGGCACUACUCCUACGGCUGGUCGUUCUACUUUGGUGGUCUGUCCUUCAUCCUGGCUGAAAUGGUGGGCGUCCUCGCUGUCAACAUCUACAUCGAAAAGAACAAAGAGCUGCGCUGCCGCUCUCGCACCGACCUCUUCAAGAGCACCACUCAYGCCAUGCUGCGUCUGCCCAGCUACCGUUUCAGACGGCGCUCCCGCUCCAGCUCCCGCUCCACCGACCCGCCUCGCUCGCAGGAGACCUCGCCCGUCGGCACGUCCAAAACCUUCACCCUGCCUCCGUCUGCCCCGCCGUUCUCCGUGGCCACGCUGCCCAACCCGCACCACGGCGGAGGUGGCGGCGGCGGGAGCGGAGGGGGCGGUGACAUCUCCAUGUACACCCUGUCCAGGGACUCCAAACUGGGGAGCCUCGGAGGAGGCGCCCCGCCCCUCUACGGCACCGUAGACCGUGCCACGCUCUACCAGCUCCACAACUACUUCCCAAAAGAUUCUGGCAGCGGCGGUGGCGGGGGAGCGGGAGCCGGUGCCGUGAUAAGCGGCGGCACGCUUCCGUCUCACUCCAAGUCCAACCUGGCAGCGGCAGCAGCUGCGGCCCAGAAUGCAGCGCCGCUAAAUACCUCCACGUCUGCUGCUGUUCCAGCCCAGACGGCCCCCAUCUCCACAACCACCAUGGAGAGGGACAGGGGCAAUGUUGGAACCCUGGACCGACUGACGGCCAAAAGGGACCGGGAUAGCAACUCCGAUACACUCAACAGGAAAACUACACCAGUUUAAAACUGAACUUCACAGAGAAGGGCUUGAAAGUAAAGAGAAUAUAAAAAAGGUAAGGUUAAAUAUGUCUGGGUGACACUUCAACAAUUAAGAUUCUGUCAAUGAGCCUGGCUAAUUUAGCUCUCCUAUCCAUAUCAUAAAGAGUCAUAAAACCCCUGAUGUUGUGUUCACUGCMUUAAAGUACUUUUAAUAUCUUGUCCAAUGGUGCAGUCAAAGUUUAAGUUUGGACUUUUUUUUUUGAUAAAUGGUUCCAACUCAAAGUUUUUCUUAAUGAAAAAUUUUAACACACAAAGUCUUACAAAUCCAGAGGUUUCGUGCUGAAAACUAUUAAAUAGGUGUCUGAGUAAUUCUCAAGUCUUUAAUAACUUCUAACAUCACACAUAAUAAAAGAAACAAUAGUUUAGGAAUAGAAGCUGGACUUGUGUGACAUGUUUCUUGAUGGGAAGUAAAUGCCACACAUAAGGACCAAGCUGCUCAGCGACCGACUUCAGAUUAAAAUAGCUACUUAACCUCUGGUCCGUAGAGCGUCACCUCAGCCAUAUCUAACUUAAUGACACACAUGGGAGCAGUUUGCCUCCAUUUAUUAUUCACUGAAAGAGAUACCUGCAAUGAGAAAUGGGCAUUCGUCACGGUUUUUGAGAGAUAAAAGAYGUGAAAGCCUUUCUGUGCUGUAGUGCUGGUAUUCUGUUCCUUAAAAAUAUGUUCAUUUUUUUCAGUUUGCUAACCUCAUUUCAGUCUGUUAUUGAAGUUUUCCAACAAAGUAAACACUGAAAUGCUGAAAUACUCUGUCCAGAUCUGGGGUAAGUCUGUGCUUUAGUUUAUCUCUUGGUAGCAGAAUAGAGCCAGAGAUAAACUGACGAAUCAGGGCGUUGUCCACAGUAAUGAGGUAAUUGCUCCRGUCUCUAAUGAGAGAAGCUGAAACAAAAGGCAUGGCACUCAAUUUACUGGCCUGUCAUGCUGUGUUUCGAUCAACCUUUUUUUUAAUUUAUUUUUUAAUGCACAUUUUGAAGUGUUGUAUUAGAAAAGGUGGAAACAGCAAAAUUCUGACGUAAUUACACUUUGCGUAUCCUGGUUGAUUUGCUCCAAGCCAGUUGAUGAAAACAAGCCUGAUUCGCUUUCUGUUUUUCUUUUUCUUUUCUUUUUGUAACAUUUUAAAAAUUUGCUUAAAAUUCACAUUAAAAUUGGUUGAAAACAUAGCUUAUGGUCCCGGUCCCCAUCCAUAGCCAUGAGGUUGAAGAAAUUUAUUAGUCAUGUUAAACACUGAUUUUAAAAGCACCACACCAUUUUCUUAGUUUUCCUUUUUAAGU